CCUUUCUACUUCGCACCCUGACUGCUGUGGUGUCGAGGGGGAGUCCCUGUGGACACCUCGGCAUAGAGUGGAGAUGCCUCUUUUUGCUACCAAUCCCUUCGAUCAGGAUGUUGAGAAAGCAACAAGUGAGAUGAAUACUGCUGAGGACUGGGGUCUCAUCUUGGAUAUUUGUGAUAAAGUUGGUCAGUCUCGUACUGGGGUCAUCCUAAAGUAUGUGAAAAAUUAAAAGCUCUUAUGGUUGAAUGGACAGAUGAAUUUAAAAACGACCCACAGCUUAGUUUAAUAUCAGCAAUGAUUAAGAACCUUAAGGAACAAGGAGUUACUUUUCCAGCUGUUGGCUCUCAGGCUGCAGAACAAGCAAAAGCAAGCCCUGCUCUAGUAGCCAAAGAUCCUGAAACUGUUGCUAACAAAAAGGAAGAAGAAGAUUUAGCAAAAGCUAUUGAGUUGUCUCUGAAGGAACAAAGACAACAGACAGCUACACUUUCCAGUUUAUAUCCAAGCACAUCCAGUCUCUUAACUAACCAUCAACAUGAAGGUCGAAAAGUUCGUGCUAUAUAUGACUUUGAAGCUGCUGAAGAUAAUGAACUUACUUUUAAAGCUGGAGAAAUCAUUACAGUUCUUGAUGACAGUGAUCCCAACUGGUGGAAAGGUGAAACCCAUCAAGGCAUGGGGUUAUUUCCCUCUAAUUUUGUGACUGCGGAUCUCACUGCUGAACCAGAAAUGAUUAAAACAGAGAAGAAGACGGUACAAUUUAGUGAUGAUGUUCAGGUAGAGACAAUAGAGCCAGAGCCGGAACCAGCAUUUAUUGAUGAAGAUAAAAUGGACCAAUUACUACAGAUGUUGCAAAGUACAGAUCCCAGUGAUGAUCAACCAGAUUUACCAGAGUUACUUCAUCUAGAAGCAAUGUGUCACCAGAUGGGACCUCUCAUUGAUGAAAAGCUGGAAGACAUUGAUAGAAAACAUUCGGAACUCUCAGAACUGAAUGUAAAAGUGAUGGAAGCACUUUCAUUGUAUACCAAGUUAAUGAAUGAAGAUCCAAUGUAUUCCAUGUAUGCAAAAUUACAGAAUCAGCAAUAUUAUAUGCAGUCAUCUGGUGUUUCUGGUUCUCAGGUGUAUCCAGGGCCUCCUCAAAGUGGUGCUUAUCUGGUUGCAGGGAAUGCACAGAUGAGCCAUCUCCAGAGCUACAGUCUUCCCCCAGAGCAACUGUCUUCUCUCAGCCAAGGAGCGGUUCCACCACCUGCAAACCCAGCCCUUUCUAGUCAGCAGGCCCAGACUUCUUAUCCUAACACAAUGGUCAGCUCUGUCCAAGGAAGCACAUAUCCCAGCCAGGCUUCAGUGUAUAGUCCUCCUCCUCCUCCGGCUGCUGCUGUUGCUUCUGAUGUCACUAUAUACCAGAAUGCAGGAACUAGUAUGUCCCAGGUGCCAAACUAUAACUUGACAUCAUCAAAUCUGCCUCAGCCAACGGGCAGUCAACAGCCACCUCAGCCACAACAACCAUACUCUCAGAAGGCACUGCUAUAGGACAUGGGAUUCCUCUUUCUGGCAAAUCUGCAAAUGCAGCUGACAACAUUAUGAAAUUCUUUAAUAUCUUAAGAUUUGUUUAUCUUCAGCUUACAGGAAUCUAUCUUGGUCAGCAAAUUUAAAUAUUCAAGAAGGCAGAACUCUGUUCAAUUUGCACUGACUUUUUAGAGUUCUCCUACCCACCACCUUCCACCCAGAGGAAUGAAACUACUCCUAACAUUUAAUUCCUUUCAUGAUAUGAAAGAAUUGACAAGAUUAUCUUAUAAAAUUAACUGGUCUGAAAAAAGUCAAACUCAUAAAAAGCUGUGUGACAAAUGUUAUGUACAUAUAUUGAUGUGUGACUUCAUUAGUGGCCAUUUUGAAUCACAGUAGUGAUCAUGUGAAUAUAUUUAACACUUAAUUUAAUUUACGUUACUAUUUUAUUUUAAUCAUGAACAACUACCAUGUUUC